AAAAAAAGUCCACUCAUUACGACGCAACGACGAAGCAGUGCAGCAAAAGAGGCGGCAAAAAGCGGAAGAAGAAGCAGGAGGACCGGAGCAGCAGCCGCAGCACAGAAUCUUGCUUUAGCCACAAGCUUUGCCAUUUUUUUUGAUUUCGAUUUGAUUGUUUGCCCCGCGCCCGACCACCGGAAGGACGGACGGUGUGAUUGUUUCUUUGUGCGGAAUCGCUCACAAAAUAAAUAAAGUGAAAUGCAUUAGAAUCGAAUCGAAUAUUGAUUGUGUGUGUUUCGCGUUCUCUAAACAAAGUGGCAGUCACGCGGUUUUUGGACCAGAAAGCCAGCAAAAUGCAUAAGCCACUGCAGCCGUGAGACCAGGAAUCAGAAUAUAAAUACAUAUAUACGUAUACAUGUACCUAUGCACGCUUUGAAGUUUCUUCCCCACAUGUCGUCGUCUCUACGUGCUUAAGUUGUGUGUUAAAAGCAACCACAAAUAUAUGCAUAGAUAUAAACCAAAGUAUAAUCAAAGAAUAACCCCAACGGAGAAACAAGAAACAAAAGGAAACAGCGCGAAGGAAGCAAAGUCAACGAGCGCUUAACGUCUCUUCUUCUUUUAAUUUGUUCCUCGCCGUUUUUUUUUGUUGUACAUGCAGUGCUAGAAAGCUCCUGUGGCGAAAGAAACCGCGCUUAACUCCUCCACACAACAAAGGCAACAACAACAACAACACCGACCCAUACCCGCACAGUUGAGAGAGCGGUUUCAGGCUAAAGAGAGCACACGAUUAAGACAGCGCGAGCGCGGCUCCUUGGCCUUCUUUCUCUUAGUGUGUGGUUGUUGUUGCUGCUGCUGCUUGUGCUGCCGCCGCCGCUGCUUUAUCGACGCAAACUGUUCAACUGUCAUGGCCGGUAAUGGAGAGGCGUCCUGGUGCUUCUCACAGAUUAAGGGCGCCUUGGACGAUGAUGUCACAGAUGCGGAUAUCAUAUCCUGCGUGGAAUUCAAUCACGAUGGCGAACUGCUGGCCACCGGCGACAAGGGCGGUCGCGUCGUCAUCUUUCAGCGUGAUCCUGCCUCGAAAGCCGCCAAUCCGCGACGCGGCGAAUACAAUGUCUAUUCGACAUUCCAAUCGCACGAGCCCGAAUUCGAUUACCUCAAGUCGCUGGAGAUCGAGGAGAAGAUCAACAAAAUCCGAUGGCUGCAACAGAAGAACCCAGUGCACUUUCUGCUCUCCACCAACGACAAGACGGUCAAGUUGUGGAAGGUCAGCGAGCGCGACAAGUCGUUUGAGGGCUACAACACGAAAGAGGAGAACGGUCUGAUCAGGGAUCCCCAAAAUGUAACCGCCUUACGAGUUCCUUCUGUGAAGCAGAUACCGCUGAUGGUGGAGGCCUCGCCGCGUCGCACCUUCGCCAAUGCACAUACCUAUCACAUAAAUUCAAUUAGCGUUAAUUCCGAUCAAGAGACUUUCCUGUCCGCCGACGAUCUGCGCAUCAAUCUCUGGCACCUGGAGGUGGUCAAUCAGAGCUACAACAUUGUCGACAUCAAGCCAACCAACAUGGAGGAGCUCACCGAGGUGAUCACGGCAGCCGAAUUCCAUCCGACCGAGUGCAAUGUGUUCGUCUAUUCGAGCUCCAAGGGCACAAUACGUUUAUGUGAUAUGCGUUCGGCGGCGUUAUGCGACCGGCACAGCAAACAGUUCGAGGAGCCCGAGAAUCCAACGAAUCGCAGCUUCUUCAGCGAGAUAAUCAGCUCCAUCAGUGAUGUGAAGCUGAGCAAUUCUGGUCGCUAUAUGAUCUCCCGGGACUAUCUGAGCAUCAAGGUGUGGGACUUGCAUAUGGAAACCAAGCCCAUUGAGACCUAUCCGGUCCACGAAUACCUGCGCGCUAAACUGUGCUCGCUGUAUGAGAACGAUUGCAUUUUCGACAAAUUCGAGUGCUGUUGGAACGGCAAGGAUAGCUCGAUCAUGACUGGCAGCUAUAAUAACUUUUUCCGUGUCUUUGAUCGCAACUCGAAAAAGGAUGUCACGCUGGAGGCCUCCAGGGACAUCAUCAAGCCGAAGACGGUGCUCAAGCCGCGAAAAGUUUGCACUGGUGGCAAACGGAAGAAGGACGAGAUCAGCGUGGACUGUCUCGACUUUAACAAGAAAAUUCUGCACACCGCCUGGCAUCCCGAAGAGAAUAUCAUCGCAGUGGCCGCGACCAACAAUCUGUUCAUAUUUCAGGAUAAAUUUUAGCCAACACUCUAUAAAGCUCACACCGGAAUCACACGCCCACAAACACAACAACAGCAGCCAGAACCGUCAACAAAAACACGCCUGAGCCUCAGCCAAAGCAGUCACUGGAGCCACUGGAACCACUGGAGCCACUGGAGCCACUGCCUUGGCAGAGGUCGCCUCAUUUUAAUUUUAAUGUUAAUUCGAUUCUUUUGUUCUCUUUAAAUUCAAAUCGUUUGUUGUUUGUUAAAUUACACCUCUUUCAGGCCCGGCCGCCAUCCAUUCAAAAUCUUACAAAAAAAUAAACAAAACAAAGCAUAAUGCCACAGCAAAUGUUUUGUAAAAUGUUUGCGCAUUGUUCAGGCGCCCUCAAAAAAGAAACUUAAAAGGAAAUGAGUAUAGAGCGGAAGAGAGAGAGAGAGAGAAAGAAGGAAACAAAUUUUUAUACAUAACAUUUAUAAAUAGUAAAGCGUAAAGUUGAUUUCUUGUAGCGCAAUUUAAAAGGCAACAAUAAGAGAGGUACCGUUUAAUGAUUACAUUACCGAUAACAGAACGGAUGAUUUUCCCGAAAAUUAUGUAUAAUUAGAAGCCAGCGCCCAAGUAUUUGUAAUAAAAAUUAUUAAUAAUAUACAACAAAAGCAAAAACAAGAAAAAAAAAACAACAAUGAUAAUGAUAACGAUGAUGAAAUGCAAUGCGUGUGGUGCAUACUGUAAUAUUUUUUUUGCUCGCUUGUUAAGUUUAAGGGAGAAAACAGAAACAGAAACGAAAACGAAAAAAAGUGAGGUCCAGUCAAGUCAAGGAACCCUGUUAGCUCUUCUCUAUACACACACACACACACACACACACACACCCAUAUAUACAUAUGUAUAUCUGAUUGUUUAUGCGCUUUCGACCAAGUUCAUUCCAUGCUACAAUUUCAGAGAGAGAUGAUGUCUAAGUUUUGUAUCUCAUCAGAUUAGCUCUGGAGCUUAUCUCUCAGUCAUUUCCUGUUCUCUGAACAGCAAAAACAAUUCAAAAUGCUCAUUUUAAAAACACACACGUUUUUUAUUCAGUAAGAUGAAUCCAGAGGCAGUGCGGAUCAAGUAUGAGUGAAGUAUGAAUAUAAAAAAAAAACGAAAACAACACAUUUAUAAAGCAAAGAAAAACGCAGCCUAAGUUUAAACCUAAAUUUAGUGCUCUCAAUUCGUUUAAUUUAAUAACUAUCUAAAGAGAACGCAAGAUAAAGGAAAAACAAAAAGAAAACUAUUUUUAUACGCUACAUUUUAAGCUAAGUAUUGCUACUUUUAGUUCGACUAUGCGUGCGUGCGUCCAAGACCGAUUCUCACAUGUAGCCUGCCUGCCUGCCCACCCCCGCCCUCCCAUAUACCCUCCCUAUACCCAUUUCAAAAUUUACCAUUCUUACCGAGACUUUUUCCAGCCUGUUUAUUGUUUUGUAAAGUUUCUUUUUUAAUCACGAAAUGCAAGUAAAGUGACCCACUUUUUAUAGGUUAUCUAGUGUCUAGUGUUAACAACUAAAUAAACAAACAAUAAAUGAAAGUAAAUUUAAAAAACAAAACAAAAAAAAUAAGGAAGAAAGUAUGCGCUAAAAAUGUUAAACGAGAAUUUCUGAAUGGCGGCAAGUUCAAAAUACUGAAAAUGUAAAAGCAUAAAAUGAUGAAAUAAAAACUAAAACAACCAUAAA